AUGUUGUCGCGGUCCACCGUGGCCGUCUGCAAGGCUGCCCAUAGCCGAACAUACACAGACCUUUUGAUGGUCGGAGGCAAACCACUCAUUAGCUAUGGCCCUCCAGGACGAUCAGCCGUCACAGGACAUGUAGCGACCGUCUUUGGGUGCACUGGAUUUUUGGGAAGAUAUUUGGUGGCCAAGCUCGCAAAAAACGGGACACAGGUCAUCGUACCGUAUAGAGACGAGAAUACAAAGCGACAUUUGCGACCAAUGGGCGAUCUCGGCCAAAUUGUUCCGCUCGAACUCGAUAUCCGAAACCCACAGCAGAUUGAAGAGGCAGUUAGGCACUCGGACAUUGUUUACAACCUCAUUGGACGUGAUUAUGAGACCAAAAACUUUGACUUUGCAAGUGUCAACAAGAUGGGAGCAGCAGAUAUUGCCCGCAUUUCCGCAGAGAGUGGUGUACCAAGACUAGUUCACGUCUCUCAUAUCAACGCCGCAGCCGACUCGCCCUCCAAGUUUUAUCGUACGAAGAAAGAGGGCGAAGAUGCCGUUCGAGAGGCCUUUCCCAGCGCCAUCAUCGCUCGACCGAGUCAAAUGUACGGACCAGAAGACAAGUUUUUGAAUUCGAUGGCUUACUGGCCAAUGCUCUGGAAAUUCAACAAGGGCAAGACGCAGACGCGACCGGUAUAUGUCCAAGAUGUCGCCCAAGGUCUCGCCAAUCUGAGCAGCUUGCCUGAACUCGACGGCAGCACACUCUCAUUGCCUGGUCCUGUUACCUUUUCCUACACGGAACUGGAACAACUCAUUUCACUCUUUACCUUCAACCCCGUUUCCAACAUGCCAGAGGUUCCAAAGUCGAUUGCUCUCCUCCUCUCUCGGAUUUCGCAGCUGGUAUGGUGGCCCACACUCAGCCCAGAUGAGAUUGAGAGAAGGUUUAUCAAUGUCCCCGACCGUGCGCCCUCGGACUGGGACAAGGUUGGGGUCCAACCCGUCGAGAUUGAAGAAGUCGCCAUUUCCAUUCUGCGAAGAUAUCGCUCCGGACGCAACUUUACUCGCCCAGUCGUGCUUCCAAACGCCCCCAAGCGUACCUCGCAUUAUCACAUUGCAGAGUGA